AACCAAAAUGUGGUCCUCUCACAAACCCAAACUCAGUAGACUUCGACAUUCUGUCAAAUCUAAAAUGGGUAUUCCAUCCUCAUUACCCACAAACCCUAACCCCAGCCCCAGUCCGCCAUUACCUCAGUCACCGCCACCACAAACGCCGCCAUUACCACAAUCACCACCACCUCAGUCACCGCCCCCGCCCCCAAGCCAAAUACCACCUCUCAUUCCGCCGACUCCCCUCUCGCCGCAAUCAGAGCCGCCAAAUGAAACACCAAUUACCGACACCCAUUCCCCAGAACCAACGCCUGACCCUGUGCCUACUCAAACGAAAACCCAAGGAAAAACAAAAAGGGCUGCAAGUAAACCUAAGAAAACCCCUGUCGGAAAAAGGAAACGAGUACCCUCUGUCCCUUUCGACUUAAACUCUCCACCUCAGUCCUCUGAACCAGUUAGCAAAAGGACCAGGUCUUCCUCGCAAACCCCAGCACCAGCGGUCCAAACACCAGUAACCCAGUCUCCCUUACACUCUCCAGCACCUGCGUCAUCUGCAGAUACUAUCGAGGAGGUAAUUUCUCCAUUACCUUGGGCUUUUAGGGAUAUGGAUAUGAAAAAGGCCUAUGAGAAAUUACUUUCUAAAACUAUUUUGGCAAACAAGUAUAUGGAUGAGCAGAUUUUGAAAGAAUUAGGCAUUUAUGAUUCUGUCUUUGCCUAUUUGGAUGUUGUUAGCUGGACUGAUUUUGCUAAAAUUAGGGAACCAGUGUACAAGGAUCUAACCCUCGAAUUUUUGAGUUCCCUAAAGUUGAGUUUCAAACCAACAGUGCCUGAACAUCAAGAUAUGAUAUAUUUUCGAUGCCAUACCUAUACUUUGUUACAGCAGCAUCCUGAUACUCCAGCUACUGCAGACCCCACCACUUUUGCACCAGCAGAACCACAACCAACCUCUACCCCACACUUCUCAGCAGACAUGUUAUCCAUCUUAAAAUCCUUGGAAUCCAGAAUAACAACUUUCACUGUCCAACAAUCUGCUCCCUCACCUGAUACCACAGAAAUUCUUGCUUCCUUGAAAAACUUAGAAAUCAAAAUUGAAGCCAUGGGUCAGGAGCAGAACCUGCAGCAGACCCUGAUGCAGCAACAAAGGCUUGAUAGCAGAACUUGA